AUGUCUAACUUCGACGAGAAAGCUCUGUUCCAUGAUGCUCCCCCGGCGGAUUCGGCCAUCGCGCCGCCGCCUGUCCGGGAACAGCUCCCUCUGCCCGAUGACGCUUCUACUACUGACUCGGUGAAUGAGUAUACUGGGUUUGGUCAGAACCAGGAGGGUGAAAUCCGUGAGUUGGCCAGGACCUUGACCAACAUUUCUCAGGGAAGUGGUGGCGAUCUUGCCAAAACCACCACUUCGGCAGAUUUGCUUAAGUACCUUUCACACAUGUCUGAAGUGCCAGGUGUAGAGCCAUUUGAUGCUGACAGAAUUAAUGAACUGUUGAACCCAGAAAGCGAAAAUUUCAAUGCUAAGUUCUGGGUGAAAAAUAUGCGUAAAUUGUUUGACAACGACCCAGAAUACUAUAAACCUUCGAAAUUGGGUCUUGCCUACAGAAACUUGCGUGCUUACGGUGUGGCUGCUGACUCGGACUACCAGCCUACCGUCACCAACGGUCUCUGGAAGAUGGCCACUGACUACUACCACGGCGCUCGUAAAAUCGAUGAGAGCCGUUGUUUUGAUAUCUUGAAAACUAUGGAUGGUUACUUCCACCCUGGUGAAGUCACGGUCGUUUUGGGUCGUCCAGGUUCCGGUUGUUCUACUUUGCUUAAGACAAUUGCUUGUAACACCUACGGUUUUGAGAUUGGCCUGGAGCUGAAAAUCUCCUACGACGGUAUGGCUCCUGAGGAGAUUGAAAAGCACCACCGUGGUGAUGUCGUCUACUCUGCUGAAACCGAUGUCCAUUUCCCUCACUUGAGUGUGGGUGACACCUUGGAGUUCGCUGCCAAGUUGAGAACUCCUCAAAACAGAGGUGAGGUUUCUAGAUUGGACCAUGCCAAGCACAUGGCUUCUGUCAUGAUGGCCACCUAUGGUUUGUCCCAUACCAGAAACACCGCUGUCGGUUCUGAUUUCGUCCGUGGUGUCUCCGGUGGUGAGCGUAAGCGUGUUUCCAUUGCUGAGGUUUCCUUGUCCGGUGCUAACAUCCAAUGUUGGGAUAACGCCACUAGAGGUUUGGAUGCUGCCACCGCUUUGGAAUUUAUCCGUGCUUUGAAGACUUCUGCCGCUAUCUUGGAUGCUACUCCAUUGAUUGCUAUUUACCAGUGUUCUCAGGAUGCUUACGACUUGUUCGACAACGUCAUUGUCUUGUACGAGGGUUACCAGAUUUUCUUCGGUAAGGCUGCUGAUGCCAAGCAGUUCUUCUUGAACAUGGGUUACGACUGUCCUCAGCGUCAAACCACCGCCGAUUACUUGACCUCCUUGACCAACCCUGAAGAACGUAUCGUCAGACCUGGUUACGAGAACAAGGUUCCACGUACUGCCCAGGAAUUCUCUGAGUACUGGCGUGCUUCUCCACAAUACCACGCCUUGACGGGCAAGAUUGACCGUUACUUUGCUGAGACUGCUGACGGUGGCCAGAGAGAGGUCUACCGUGAGGCUCACGCUGCUAGACAGUCCAAGCACAUUUCGCCAAGGUCUCCAUACACUGUGUCUUUCUUCAUGCAGACGAGGUACAUCAUAGGAAGGAAUUUCCUUCGAAUGAAGGGUGAUCCUUCUAUCGUCAUUUUCUCGGUCUUUGGCCAGGGUGUCAUGGGUUUGAUUCUAUCGUCCGUUUUCUAUAACUUGCAGCCCAACACGGGUUCUUUCUACUACCGUGGUGCCGCUAUGUUCUUUGCUGUGUUGUUUAAUGCCUUUGCUUCCUUGUUGGAAAUUAUGUCUUUGUUCGAAGCCCGUCCAAUUGUCGAAAAGCAUAAGAAGUACGCUUUGUACAGACCUUCCGCUGAUGCUUUAGCAUCCAUCAUUUCCGAACUUCCAGUCAAACUUUGCAUGUCCAUUUUCUUUAACUUUUCCUAUUACUUCAUGGUCCAUUUCAGACGUGAUCCCGGCAGGUUUUUCUUCUACUGGAUGUUCUGUGGUCUCUGUACCUUGUGUAUGUCCCACAUGUUCAGAUCUUUGGGUGCCGUUUCUACCUCCCUUGCAGGUGCUAUGACUCCAGCUACCUCCGUUUUGUUGGCUAUGGUUAUUUUCACUGGUUUCGUUAUUCCAAUUCCUAAUAUGUUGGGCUGGUGUAGAUGGAUUCAAUACAUUAACCCGGUCUCAUAUGUCUUCGAGUCUUUGAUGGUUAACGAGUUCCAUAAUUUUGAGUUCGACUGUGCUAGUUUUGUCCCAAGUGGUGGUCCAUAUGAUUCUGUGGAUGCUAUCAACCGUGUUUGUGCUACUGCAGGUGCUCAACCUGGUAGUUCAGUUGUUAACGGUACUGACUACUUGGCCACCUCUUUCGAAUAUUUCAACAGCCACAAGUGGAGAAAUAUGGGUAUUGUCAUUGCUUACAUCGUUGUUUUCUUGUUCGUUUACAUUGCUUUGACUGAGUUUAAUAAGGGUGCCAUGCAGAAGGGUGAAAUCAUUCUUUUCUUGAAAGGAUCCUUGAAGAAGGUCAAGCAACAGAAGGAUCAGCAGAAGGCUAAGUCCGCCGAUAUUGAGAACAACAUUCCUAACGAAAAGAUUUCCUACUCCGAUGCCAUGGAGAAGGAUGGAUCUGGUGACUCUUCUGCUUACGAUGACAAGAUUCCUACUCAAAAGCAAAUUUUCCACUGGAAGGAUUUGACUUACGAGGUUAAGAUUAAGUCUGAGAACCGUGUUAUUUUGAACCACGUCGACGGUUGGGUUAAGCCUGGUCAGAUUACCGCUUUGAUGGGUGCAUCUGGUGCUGGUAAAACCACUUUGUUGAACUGUUUGUCUGAGCGUGUUACUACUGGUACUGUCUCUGAUGGUACAAGAAUGGUGAACGGUCAUGGUUUGGACUCCUCUUUCCAGAGAUCUAUUGGUUACGUGCAACAACAAGACAUUCACUUGGCAACUUCUACUGUUCGUGAGGCUUUGACUUUCUCCGCUUACUUGAGACAACCUUCUCACGUUUCCAAGGAGGACAAGGAUGCCUACGUUGACUAUGUGAUUGACUUGUUGGAAAUGGCUGCUUACUCUGAUGCUUUGGUCGGUGUUGCCGGUGAAGGUUUGAACGUCGAACAACGUAAGAGAUUGACUAUUGGUGUUGAAUUGGUUGCUAAGCCUAAGUUGUUGCUUUUCUUGGAUGAACCUACUUCUGGUUUGGACUCUCAGACUGCUUGGUCUAUUUGUAAGUUGAUGAGAAAGUUGGCUGACCAUGGCCAGGCUAUUUUGUGUACUAUCCAUCAGCCAUCAGCUAUCUUGUUGCAGGAGUUUGACCGUUUGUUGUUCUUGCAAAAGGGUGGUCAGACUGUGUUCUUUGGUGACUUGGGUGAAAAUUGUCAGGGAUUGAUUAACUACUUUGAGAAGUAUGGUGCUCAUCCAUGUCCUAAGGAGGCUAACCCAGCCGAAUGGAUGUUGGAAGUUGUUGGUGCCGCUCCUGGUUCAAAGGCCGCUCAAAACUACUUUGAUGUCUGGAGAAACUCUGACGAGUACCAAGCUGUCCAGCAGGAGUUGACCUACAUGGAAACCGAAUUGAGCAAGUUGCCUCGGGACGACGACCCAGAGUCGAAGAAGAAGUACGCUUCUCCCGUUCCAUACCAGUACUUCAUUGUUACUUGGAGAACCUUCCAGCAAUACUGGAGAACUCCUGGUUACAUUUACUCGAAGUUCUUCUUGGUCAUCACUUCAGCAUUGUUCAACGGUUUCUCCUUUUUCAAGAAUGAUAACUCUCAGCAAGGUUUGCAGAACCAGAUGUUCUCGAUGUUUAUGUCCUUCAUUCCAUUGCAGACUUUGAUUCAGCAGAUGUUGCCAUACUUUGUCAUGCAGAGAGAAAUUUACGAAGUCAGAGAAGCUCCUUCAAGAACUUUCAGUUGGUUCGCUUUCAUUGCAUCCCAGAUCACUGCCGAGGUACCUUUCCAGGCUGUUCUUGGUACCGUUGCUUUCUUCUGUUGGUACUACCCUACUGGUAUGUACGCCAAUGCUGAGCCUACUGAUACCGUUAACGAACGUGGUGCUUUGAUGUGGUUGUUAGUUACAAGUUUCUACGUUUACUGUUCCACCUUGGGUCAGUUCGUCAUUUCUUUCCAGGAGCUUGCUGACAACGCUGCUAACUUGGCUAACUUGAUGUUUAUCAUGUGUUUGAACUUCUGUGGUGUGCUUGCUGGUCCAGAUGCCUUGCCAGGUUUCUGGAUUUUCAUGUACAGAUGUAACCCAUUCACCUACAUGAUUCAGGGUAUGUUGAGUGCUGGUCUUGCCAACAACGAUAUUAGAUGUGCUGACAGAGAACUUGUUAGAUUUGCUCCACCAAGUGGUCAAACAUGUGGCCAGUACAUGCAAACCUUUAUUGAAAACGCUGGUGGUUACUUGGUUGAUGAGAGUGCCACUCAAGAGUGUGGUUUCUGUGUCAUGGAUUCUACCAACACUUUCUUGAACUCCGUCGAGGCCAAGUACUCAGAGAGAUGGAGAAACUUUGGUAUCUUCAUCAGUUUCAUCGCCAUCAACAUGAUCGCUACCAUUUUCUUCUACUGGCUCGCGAGAGUGCCAAAGUCUUCCAAUGCUUCUACUACAUCCAUAGUUAUGGCCAACUCCAGAUUUGAAUACGUGAAGCAAUUCGAGCGGGAAAACUUCCUCCUCCCGCAGACCCACAUUGUCAUACGGGUAGAUGGCAAAGGUUUCCACAAGUUCAGUUCUCAUUACGAGUUCGACAAGCCCAACGAUAUCAGAGCCCUCAAUGUCAUGAACAGAGCAGCUAAGACAAUUAUGGCAUAUGGAGAUUCAGACGAGUACCUGUUCUUGCUAAGACGAACGUGUGAGCUCUUUGAGCGCAGGGAAAUGAAACUUGUUUCGACUUUUGCACUGUUUAUGCUGGUCUUCUAUGUCAUGGAAUGGAAUAAAGAGUUCCCUGAAAAGCCUCUAGUUCCAGAAAGGCUACCGACGUUCGACGCUCGUGCUGUGGUUUAUCCCAAUGCACAAACUGUACGUGAUUAUUUCUCGUGGAGACAAGUCGACUGUCAUAUCAAUAACUUGUACAAUACAUCCUUCUGGAGCUUGAUAGAGAAGUGCGGCAUGACUGGCCAGGAGGCAGAAAACUUCCUUCUGGGGACGGUUUCUAGUGAUAAAAACGAGAUCUUAUUCUCAAAGUGCGGUAUCAACUAUAACAACGAGCCAGAAAUGUUCAAGAAAGGUACAGUGAUUGUCAGAGAGUAUAAGGAAGCUGUCCCAACUGAGGAGCUAUCCGAGAGACAGAAGCAAAGGAUCAGUAAAGCUCGCAAAAAGGCCCAAAUUGAGGUGCUCCAUGUUGACAUAAUCAAAGAUAAGUUCUGGGAAGAGCUUUUCCAGAAGACUACUCGUGCCCAUAUACUUGUCAUGCCACGCAAACCCAGAUCUUCAGGUGUACGCGGCCCAAACUCGGCUCUUACUGAGUUUCUUAGAGUAGAGGGUAUUACUGACGCCUUCAGGCAGCGCCAAAAUCGUCGAGAUCAAGAAGGUGAAUCAGGAACUGAUGACCAAACAGAGUCUCCAACCUCUUCUCCGGUUUCUUCUAGUCGCAGAACUUCGGUUACACCUCAGCGAAGUACGAGAGGCGCUACCGUAGACGAGGAAGAGAGACAGAUACGCGAGGCGGGCAGACAGAAAAGACGUGCCUCCAAAAGAAUAAGAAAUGGAAGUGCCCGUGGUGAUCCUGAUGGAGGCAGUGGCAGUAGUUCCGACGAUGACUACAUGUCUGAUGAAGACGGUGAGUUCGAUCUUGAGGACGACUUGGAAGAUGACCAUAAGAAGUACGGUGAAGAGGAUAUGUGCGCAGAAUGCGGCAAUCCUUUUACGUUGUCCGUAUAUUCUCGUUUUGUUGAUGAUUUGAAGGGAUAUUUGUGUGAAGACUGUAACGAAGAACUCAAGAAGCGUGAAAAGAACGCGAGAAGGAACGAGCUCAAUGCUCGUAAGAAGAGAAAGUUGCUUGCCUCUGCCCUUCUUGAUAAAAAGGUCAUAAGAAUCCCUAAAUUACAGGAUGUUUGCAUCAAGGUCAUUACACAGAACAUUAACGAUGUCGAAGCAUUAGGUGACAUUGGCCAGGCUAAUAUGAACAAGAUUCUGAGGAUUCUUUCGAAAAACCGUUCCUUGGAUGACUCUACCGUGUCUCUCUUUUUGAAUCCUGGCUUGAAAGAGUUAGAAUUUUGGGACUGCUCCAAUGUGGGAUCUCAUUCGUUUAACCAGAUCGCCGCAUUCUGUUCCCAGCUAGAGUCUCUCACGCUCUUCAUGUGUGGUCAGUUUCACAAUGAUAACCUUAUUUACUUCAAGGAUAAGUUACACAACUUAACAAAGUUGAGCUUGGACGGUCCUUUCUUGAUAAGUAAUCCAAUGUGGCAGGACUUCUUUGAACAGGCCGAAUGUGAGAUCAAUCAAUUUGAAAUCAGAAACACUCAUCGUUUUGGAAGCGACGCUUUUUUGACGCUCAUGGAGAGAAGAGGUCCUCAUCUCAAUCUGCUCAAGCUACUGAGACUUGAUGGACUCGACAGUACAGCCAUCUAUGAGCUCAUCCCACAUUAUAUUGGAGCGUCGCAAUUGAACGAACUUGAGAUUUCUUACCCUCAUAAACCAGACCUUAUUACUGACGAACUCAUGAUUCAUAUCCUUGCAAUUACUGGUGAGACUCUUACUUUUCUUAAUGUUGAUGGUUGCAGUGCCCUUACAGAUGAAUUUUUCAAGGAGGGCGUUGCUAAAUUCUGUCCUAGACUUGAACAUCUCUCUAUGCGUCAUCUCGAUCAGCUUACUGAUGAAGGGUUCGUGGAGGGAUUCAACGAGUUCGCCAUAAUUAACAGUGGUGGGUUAGUUACAGUUGACUUGACCAAAUGUAAAGGGCUAGGCGAUGAUGCUAUGUACAGCCUUUUCAAUCAUUCCUCCCUGACAUUGGUGGAUCUUUCGGUAAACUCUCUCAACCUAUUAUCGAAGGACUUUUUGAUACAGAUAACGACUAACGACGAUUCUAAGACAAAGCGCCUUAUCAAGCAGGCAAUUGAAGACGGUGCCAACGACAACGUCGAUAAUGAAGAGGAAAUACAACGUUAUUUCAAUCAGAUUAGUUUUCCUUUAUUGACGAGACUAGAUAUUGGGUUCGUGAGAAGUUUUGAUGAUGAGGUUGCCAACAAGUUCAGUGAUUCGUUUUCCAAGCUCACAAUUCUUGAAGUGUUUGGCAACAACAAAUACCUGAUUUAUUGUUGA